GGGAAAGGGAAAGGGAAAGGGAAAGGAAAAGAAGGGCAUAUUUGUGAAAGUGGCUAUGCUUUUUCAUGUUUUCACUUCCAAUGAGUCUAUCAACAAUAGCCGUGGCAGGGCACCCUCUUCUCCCACCAGAUUCAAAUUCUAAACCUAAGAACUCCUUGAAUAAGGCACAAUUCAUCUUUCUUUUACGAAACUGCAAACAAGUGAACCAAAUUCCACCCAUACAUGCCAAAAUCAUAAGAAGUGGACAUGAGCAGGACCCCUUUAUUGUCUUCGAGCUUCUUCGCCUUUGCUCGACCUUCAAAGAUAUUGACUAUGCCUCCACGAUCUUCAAUUUCUCUCAAAACCCGAAUGUCUACCUUUAUACUGCUCUCAUUGAUGGGUUUGUCUUGUCUGGUUCUCAUACUGAUGGGAUAAGCCUGUAUUGUAAAAUGGUUGAAGAAUCAAUUAUACCUGAUAGCUAUGCUGUAACUUCGGCCUUGAAAGCCUGUGGGUCUCAAUUGGCUUUGAGAGAGGGCAAACAAAUCCAUUGCCAGGUCUCCAAACUUGGGUUGACUUCAAGCAGAUCAGUGAGAAUGAAACUCAUUGAGCUGUAUGGGAAAUGUGGGGCACUUGAUGAUGCCCGGCAGGUGUCUGACGAAAUGUCUGACAAUGAAAUGGUUGCAUCAACAAUCAUGAUAAAUUCUUACAUUGAUCAGGGAAUGGUUUCAGAGGCUGUUAACAUAUUUGAUCAGGUCAGAACAAAGGACACAGUCUGUUGGACUGCAAUGAUUGAUGGGUUGGUCAGGAAUGGGGAUAUGAAUAGGGCUUUGCAGGUGUUCAGGGAUAUGCAAAGGGAGAAUGUAAUGCCUAAUGAAGUAACCAUUGUUUGUGUCUUGUCCGCCUGUGCACAAUUAGGAGCAUUGGAGCUCGGGCGAUGGGUGCAUUCAUAUAUGCGGAAGUUUCAGAUUGAACGCAAUCAUUUUGUGUGUGGUGCUUUGAUCAAUAUGUAUGCUAGGUGUGGUGAUAUCGAUGAGGCACGACGAGUGUUCGAGGAGAUGAAAGAGAGGAAUGUCAUUACAUAUAAUUCCAUGAUUUCCGGUUUUGCCUUGCAUGGGAAGAGCGUUGAGGCGAUCAAGAUGUUCAGAGGAAUGAUAAAGCAAGGAAUCAGACCAACCAGUGUCACCUUUGUUGGUGUUCUGAACGCUUGUAGUCAUGGAGGUUUGGUGGAUUCGGGAUUUGAAAUCUUUCACUCUAUGACUAGAGAUUAUGGGAUUGAACCGCAGAUUGAGCACUAUGGAUGUAUGGUUGAUCUUCUUGGGCGUGUAGGUCGGCUUGAAGAGGCUUACAAUUUUAUCCGAGGAAUGAAAAUACCGCCAGAUCACAUUAUGUUAGGGGCUCUGCUAAGUGCUUGCAAAAUCCAUGGAAACAUUGAAUUAGGGGAACAAAUAGCAAAAUUGUUGAUGGAUUGUGGAGAAGCAGAUUCAGGAACAUAUGUUUUGCUGUCAAACGUCUAUGCUUCAUCUGGAAAAUGGAGAGAAUCUGCACAAGUAAGAGCAAAAAUGAAGGAAGGUGGAAUCCGGAAAGAACCAGGUUGUAGUGCAAUUGAAGUGAACAAUGAGAUCCAUGAGUUCAUUCUGGGAGACCUCAGACACCCACAAAAAGAACAAAUUUACGCAAAGUUAGAGGAGGUGAACCAUACCUUAAGAUCCAAAGGGUACACUCCAGCAACAGAGGUGGUAUUACAGGACAUCGAGGACCAGGAGAAAGAAAUGGCAUUAGCCAUUCAUAGCGAGAGACUUGCAAUAUGUUAUGGCCUGAUCUCCACUAAACCGCAUACCACAAUAAGAGUUGCGAAAAAUUUAAGGGUAUGUUCUGAUUGCCACUCGACGAUCAAGUUAAUCUCCAGAAUCACUAGCAGGAGAAUUGUGGUGAGGGAUCGCAAUAGAUUUCACCAUUUUGAGAACGGGGAUUGUUCUUGCGGGGACUACUGGUGAAGAAAAUUACAGCAUUACAUUGUAAAGAUGAUGUAUAAUCUCUGUUCUUUCUCACAUUUAUUGAUGACUGCAUAAAAUGAUCUGUUAUAUGCAUUUUGAGAGUCAGUCUGUUUCAGGUAUUGGCUCCUUUUGCUGUAGAGCAAAUGAUUUUUCGCCUUGUCAUUGGCUUUUGCUGUACAAUUCUAUAAGUUUGUAGUAAAAUAUAAUUUUAGAUGGUUUAUCAAAGAUAUUGUACAAAUACAAGCCAAGAAACAUUAGCUAUAUGCAAGUCUUGACCUCUUUGAUUCAAUGUCUUUGACACUGUGAACUAUAUCUUCAAUGUUUUUGAUAGGUGAUUGGAAUGG